GGCAGAAUUGUAAAUAUAUUUUGCAGAUUUCGAGUCCCAAAAGAUGAGUUACCAAUUAUAUAGAAACACAACUUUAGGUCACACGUUACAGGAAAGUUUGGACGAUUUAAUUCAGUGCAGUCAGAUAUCUCCACAGCUGGCGCUGAAGGUUUUACUACAGUUUGAUAAGGCCAUCAACACUGCCCUGGCAAACAGAGUCAAGUCCAAGAUUUCAUUCAAGGGUAAACUGAAUACGUACAGGUUCUGUGACAACGUAUGGACCUUUGUCUUGAACGAUGUGGAAUUCCGGGAACAGCCAGUCCAGGAGAUAGCUAGAGUGCAGAAAGUCAAAAUUGUUGCCUGUGAUGGAAAGGGGGAUGCGAAUACUAAAUGAGAACAACAUGUCUUACUGAACGGAUGUGUAAGAUUACUCACCAGCAUGUGGACACCGUGACAUAAAGGAACAUGAAACUGUUUUCGGGUUAACAUCUUCACCGAAGAGGCUUUUUAUAAAUCUCAAGAUUGACGAGUGUGGAUAGACCAUUUUUAAAACAGUGCCUGAACAGUUGGAAUUUCCUGAGUAGAUUGCGAAAUGGUAUUUUAGGUUGUCAUAAAAUAAAUGUUAAGAUUUUCAUAAAGAAUAAUAAUGGCAAGCAUCCAUUUUCUUAUUGGCCAAAAUUUCUUUUCUUUCUUUUUCAUUGUUUAAUGGGUUUAGGGUUUUGGGUUUUUUUAUUGUAUAAAUACAGGUUACUUAAUGUGCAGUAUUUCCAGUGUCCUGAAAAUGUAAAAAUAAAAUUUCACCACCCACCCUCUCCCACCCCUAUUUUGAAAAAACAAAAUUGAUUCAAUUUUAGCAUUUGUUUUAUGAUGGCCUUAUUUAUGGAUUUGUUCGAAGUGAAGGUACAUGUAGCUGACGACUCCUACCUGUACAUCCCUUCACCUGGUUGUCAUCAUGUUGCUUGUUUAUUUACAAUAUGAUCUUAUCAUAAUGCUAAUUAAUUUUCACGUUUUAUUAUAUAUAUUUUUUGUAAUUUCUAGAGAUUUUCUGGAAUCAUGUGUAAUGAGCUAAAACUGUCUGUGUAUAAUUUUGAUUAACGCUUUAACUGCUGCUAGCAAUACCAGUACUGACCUAUUUGACACUAUACAUGUACAUAAGUAUUGAUUUGUAUUUCGUGCUUAAAGGGAGAGACUAUCCCAAGUUUUCUGCCAUUGUAUUAUGUUUAUGAUACAAUGUAUACUCACAAUCUAAUUAAACUUAGCUCCACUAUUACAUGUGGAUCUAACAGCAGCCCGUUGGAGCUCAUGUCCAGUUGACCUAUCAUUCAACCAAUCAAAACCUUACUUGCAAAAUCAUGUCAGUCA